UUAUACUGAUAAGCAGCCUGCAGUAUACAUUUCAGUUCCUUUGCUUUGAGACGUCCAGGCUAGUGCAGUUUUAACAGUGAGUGAUACCACCUCAGAUAAGGACAAGUCAAAAGAACAUUUAUUUCCCUCUGGCAAAUGGCUGUCCGACACUCUCUUCAGUCCUUGUUAGUUUGUGCCUUUGGAGUAGGAAUUGGUUUUGGUUUAAGCAGUUUCCUUUUAAGCAUUGCGUUUGAGGAGAAAAAGCAAGAAUAUUAUAAUGCGAUGCCAAAUGAUCAUCAUGGACACCUGCCAGAUGAUUCUAACAGUAAAGUGUUGCAGAGGGAAAUCAACUUCAGUGCUGACCAUGGGCAUCAUGCAGAAGACAAAAUGGUUGCAGAGGAUCUUUAUAAGACGGUUCGCGUCUUGUGUUGGGUGAUGACUGGACCAAAGACCCUGGAAACUAAAGCCAAGCAUGUUAAUGCCACUUGGACCAAGAACUGCAACAAAGUACUCUAUAUGAGCUCAGAAGAGGAUAAAAUGCUCAAUGUUGUGGGGCUAGAUGUUAAAGAGGGAAGGGACCAACUCUACUGGAAAACUAUCAAAGCCUUUCAUUAUAUUUAUGAGCAUCACUUUGACGAAGCUGACUGGUUCUUGAAAGCAGACGAUGACACUUUUGUUAUCCUUGAAAAUCUGCGCUUGCUGCUGUCGCAAUAUAUACCAGACCAACCAAUAUACUUCGGACGUCGGUUCAAACUCUUUGCAAAACAGGGGUAUAUGAGUGGAGGAGCUGGAUAUGUGCUAAGCAAAGAAGCACUGAGGAGGUUUAUUGAGGGUUUCAAAACAAAAAAAUGUGCUCAUCUUUCUUGUGUUGAAGAUGUGGAGUUGGGAAAGUGUAUGGAGACUAUGAAUGUAACUGCUGUAGACACCAGGGAUAGAAAUAAAAAAGAAUUAUUUCACCCCUUGGCACCAGAAUUGCACCUGGUUAAAUCCUAUCUGGCCAAAAAGUCAUGGUACUGGUCCUAUAACUUCUAUCCCACUGAAGAUGGACCAGGAUGCUGUUCUGAUCUCGCAAUAUCAUUCCACUAUAUUGAUUCAGUCCACAUGUAUGAGCUGGAAUACUUAGUUUAUCAUCUGCGGGCCUACGGGUACAAGUACAGAUACAAUGCAGAGUAAUAAAAAGAAGAAAUACACGAUUAAUAAGAAGACCUAAUAUGAUUUUGAAAUGUGUGGAUGCUUUGCUUUUUGUUUGUUUUAGUUUAAGGGGGUAGGGGAGGAGGUGCUGGUGGUGGAAUUGUAAUUGGAGGUAUAAAUUAUGUUCUAAAUAGAAUGUUGUCUUUUAUAUAUUUUAUCCACUGUAUGCUGUCUCUUGCUGUCAAGGAUAACAAUGUCUACCAUUUUGUAUGUGUGACAAUACAACCUCAGUAGCUGAGCUAUUGAAGUUUAACCAAUAUCUUGGGAACCACUUUUCUGGUUUUGGUGAAUCUAUGCAUGCAGUAGGCAUUUAAAAUCAAAUAAAUACAUAAAUGCUUUUCAGCAUCCUGUUAAUGUAGGUAAGUCAUACCAAAUCACUUAAAUUAUUGUGCAGUUUAUUUACAUGUUGGUAAACUUAGUUUCUAAAUC